ACCGCAACCAGGAAGUACAGUGAAGACGCCACAAUUGAAACUCAAACAUUUACGGAUCAAGCACACAAACGGCGCACAUAAACAAUGCCAGCACAGCGGCAGCGUUUUCAAAACAAACUUAAACCAGCCCAAUUAAUAUAAAACAGCACCUUACCGGUGGCGCAUCUCUCCCGACGUGACAACAUGCUGCACUAUUGCCAGCUCCCGUUUACAGCCCGUGCUUCAAAUCAGCCACCAAGAAGCAUAAGUGCCCAUAUAGGCCUUCAAAGUUCAAGUGAAGUUCCAAUGGCUUGAUGGCAAGUACAAAAGCACACAAAAAGCACACAAAAAAUUGUCUUACUAAUAAAAAUUAUAAACUGCAAUGUUUCGUGAAAAGAUUUGUAGAGAAACGUUAAUGUACACUGCUAGAAUUUACACAAACAAUGCUUUGCCACCUGGGGAUGGACAUGCUUCCUUCUGUUCCUCUGUGUUUUUCUUUUUUCCUUUCAGCUUUGAGUCUUCACAGUCAUUCUGGGAUUUGUCCCUGGGACAUGUAGCAGCUGAGAACAAGAACCCACAGAAGGAGAAACACAAGCAGACUGGAGAAGAGUACUGUGAUUGAUAUUGUUUGACUUACAAACAUUUGUGCCAAACAUUGGAGCUCUCCCUUCACGUCUCAUUACAUUGUUACCUGGGAUGCUUGUCAAAACGACACAAUGGCUGUCACCCUGACACAAUGGCUGCUGCUAUGACAAGAGAAAGGAAGAAAAAUGUUCCUCCCGAGGCUUUCCUGAUGGUUGUGAAAGUCAUUACCCGGAAGAGAUCUGCUGCCUGGCUUCUGCAUGAAAGAAAAAAACACACAUCUGUGGGAGCACAGAGCUGUAGGACGGCGGGCAGGCAGGUGGAACGUCGAGGUCCAUAAACCACAGGGAAAUCCUCACAGGAGCUGGUGUACACAGAGAAAGCUAAUUUGAAAACACAGGUCCACUAAAUGUUCAGACUGAACAAAACUAAAAAGGGAUACUGUAGGAGAAAUAGGACAUGAAGGCUCUGUGGCUAUUGUAGAUCUGAAGUCUGUCCACAGCAUCCUCCCAAAACAAGAACACACAUCACAAUGACAAAGAUAUGAUACACAUCUAAUGGUGAAAGAAACUGCACUCCCUGACUGCCUAGCAGCACAAAUGAAUAAGCAUCUGAAAGAUGGGGCCAGACCAGAACGGAUCCUGAGAGGGAAGAAACUUCAUCGAGCCCCCGACCACAACAACUUAGCUCCUAAGUUUCCUCGGGCAUGCAAUCCUUUUCACCACAACAAGCUUCCUCUUUGGUGGAACCAGCUCCAAGUUUAUUACUAACAGCAGCUGUGGGUGAAGAGCUCCUGCAGGUAGACUAUUCUGGGACAGCAGUACAGCACAGGCAGCUAUAAACUGCAGCUCGUGGAUAUCAGAGUAAAGUCUGACACAGUCAGAGCUGUGCCAUCAGGUCACACAAAAGUAUUCCAUCUGGCUAAUAACAAAGAUGGGGAAAGAACAGAGUACAUUGGCCAAGAAAGACUAUGUAACAUUAAAAGAAACUGAAGAUUAUGUUAUUGCCACAAAGGGUGAUGACAAAUUUUUCAUUAAGAAGAUCCCCCUAAGGCAGCGAUCCACACAAGAUGUCCUAACAGACAUGAAAAAACUCCAGACAAUAAACCAUGCACAUAUUGUGAACUGCGAAAAGUCUUAUGAAGAUCAAAAUAUUUACUAUGUAGUGACAGACUACUGUCAAGGAGGGAGCCUUGCUGCAAAGAUCAGCCAAAUGCCAGAGGGUUUUCCAGAAGAGUCGAAGGUGCUGAGUUGGAUUGUUGAGAUCUGUAUUGGUCUGAAAACCAUUCAUGACGCAGGUUUGCUUCACAAAGCUCUGACACCAGAGAAUAUAUUCUUCACAGACGCUGGAAUUGUGUGUGUGGGUGGAUUCGGAAGUAUCAAUGAAAAAUCCACCUCUAAUUCAAAUAAGGAAAUACAUUACCUGGCACCUGAAGUCUCCACAGAGGGGACCUAUGAUGCAAAAAGUGACAUAUGGUCAGUGGGAUGCAUACUCUUCGAGCUUUGCAGAAAUCAAUCAGAAUUCCCUGCAGAGACUGUAGUCAAGUUUAUGCCUGAAAUAAUUGAAAUUUGUUGGCCAAACCUCGAAGAGCAUUUCUCACCCGAGCUUUGUGAACUUCUGAAUGACAUACUGAAAAAAGACCCUUGUGAAAGACCAACAGCAAGUGAAAUCCUGAUACGUCCCUUUGUUAUAUCCUGCCUCUUAACAAAGUGCAAAACAACAGUUGAAGAACUCCAGACCAAGCUGAAGGCAUUGAGGGAUCUGGCUGAUGAUUUGGAGCGUGUUCAUGAAGGUGCCUCCAUCGGCAGCCUUGCCGGAGGAGUGAUUGGAGCGGUGGGAGGGGUUACAUCAAUCGUGGGGCUUAUACUGGCCCCUUUCACCUUGGGAGCCUCUCUUAUUGUCACGGGAGUUGGUGUGGGGGUGGGUGCUGUAGGUGGACUCACUGCCGGUGUCUCAAACAUAACUAAUAUGGUGAACCAAUCCGCUGAUCGUAAAGCUGUUCACAGCAUCAUCAAAGAGUUUGAACAGAAGAUCAGUGCAGUUGUCACCUGGCUCCAGGAAAUUAGCGACAGCCUGCAAACAAUCAGUAGCCAAUAUCCACAAACAUGUGAAGGUGAUGGCAAUUAUAGAGAAGAAAACCUGAAGCGGCUUGGUUUAAGCGCAGGAAAAGGCUUGAGCGGCGUCACUGAACUCAUUCGACUAGCUACAGUGGUGAACAUUGGCAGAAUUGCUGCUCAAGCAUCCAGGACGGUCCGUGUUGCAGAAGUAGCAACAGGUGUACUUUCUGGUUUGUUCAUAGCAGUAGACAUCUUCUUCAUUGCCAUGGAUGCAAAAGAGAUUCACAAUAUAAGAAAAGCAAGGGCAGAAGAAGAGAGAAGUGAAACAUUUUCCAGUUCUGCAUCAGAAAUUGGAGACUUUGUGCCUGACCAAGCCAGACCAUUGUCCAGCCCACUGAUGCAAGGUUCUGAUACACCUGAACCACAACUUUCACAGAACCCAUCUUCAAAAAAGAGAGAUGAAAUCAGAUCUGAGAUCAUGAAAUUUGUUCUAUCAUUGAGGGAAGCAGUAGACAAAAUGCAAAGAGUCUUAGAUGAACUUGAACACAUAAUCGAUAAUACAGAGUUAUUUCAAGAAGAAAAUGAGCUGGAAUGGCAGGAUAUGUAACUCCUGUAACCCAAGUGUAUCUCGGUGAAAUGACAAACACCAUAAGUCACUCAUUAUAAUUUAUAUCUGGAGCAAAAGAUUUUGACAGCUUUCAGUGGCCUCGCAAUAUGUAAGACGUGUCACACUAUUACAGUAUGCAACAAUAGUUCACAUUUGGGUCUACUGAGGUAUACCAGACUCUGCCAUUCUGUUUGGAGGUGUUUUUUAUUAUUUAACAAAAUGUAACAAAUGCUCCACUUUUUAUCUUCCUAGAUUGUUGCUUUGGUUGAACUGACUUACUGUUCAAUAUCUGCAGGGAGUCGGCUUGGAGACUAAAUGAACUAAAUGCAAUUUGUUUUUCUUUCACUUUUUGGUCAGUCUAACAACGUACAUUGCAAGACAGCUGUGCUCGUUACAAAUUUGACAGAUGCACUUUGAUAUUGGUGAUCUCUGUACCAAUCACCACAACAAAUUCCUUGUGUGUAUUAAACGACUUGGCAAUAAACUUAUUUCUGA